AAUGCAGUAUGUGUCUCAUUACAAGCUCCAUUUUAUCCGCAAGAGGCUGAAAGAAAAGGAGCUUCAGCAACGGAAUAUGGCUUAGUAUUUGGAGUUUUUGAAUUGGUGGUGUUUAUUAUUAGCCCAAUUUAUGGUCAAAAGAUUCAACAAUACAAUCAAAAUGGAGCGAAGAUUAGAUGAUGAGACUUCGCACGCAGGUUGUUCCAACAAUCGUAGAGCUUUAGGUAUGAAUGAUGAGAAUGAGAGAGAGAUUGAAAGUUUAAGUAAUGCUAAGAGGCCUAGGGUAUCACAAGCCCUUAAUUUAAAUGAGAGAGAAAGAGAAAAUGAACAGAUGGACGUGGAUGAUUCUGAUAAUGUAAGAAGAUCGGACGGUGUAGAUAGAUCUGCUAGCGAAAAUAGGUCAGACAGCAUGGGUGAUUUGGAGAGUGUAGACAGAUUAGAUAGCAUAGAUAGAUCUGAUAGCGGGGGUAGAUCUGAUAGCGUAGACAGAGUAGAUAGCGUAGAUGGAUCUGCUAGCGAAGGUAGAUCUGAAAGCGUAGAUAUAUCUGAUAAUAUAGAAGCAGAAGAACUGGAAGAUCUACUUUUGAGUAAUAGCGACGACGAUGAAGAAGACGAUAGAGAAGAAACUACGGAAGAAAGUGAUUCUGAUAGUCAUCCAGAAGAUGACGAUUAUGCAAAUGAACAACCACCACGUCCAAUGUUUCAAGGUUUAGCAAGAAGAAAUGAAAUGCGUAGAGAAUUAACAGAUAAUGGGGAAUUAAAAGCGAUAGAUCACCUUUUAAUCGAAUUAACAUUCACUGUCAAAUAUAAUAAUACCUACGAACAACUUUUACAGAGAUUGCAGUUAUUAAAAAAAACGUACGUUAGAAUAAAUGUCCCCACAACGAAGAAAGCCUUAUGGAAAACACUUGGAAGAGACGACUCUAACUUAGUUUAUCGGUUAUAUUGUGAAAUGUGUAGUCAACUUAUUGGCAACGGAAAGAAGGUAGAAAGAGAUUGCGAUUGUGGAGCUUGUGGUCCAGAAAAGGAUGAAUCGUUUGUUGGGACAUUUAUUCAAAUUCGCUUAGCACCGCAAAUAAAAGAAUUUUUAGAUUCCCCAAAAGCAGCCACUGCGUUACAAUACAAGGAGACGAGAGUUAAGAUAGACCCCGAUGCAAUAGAAGACAUAUAUGAUGGUAGGGAAUAUUUACGCAUAUCUCAAGAUUUUUUAAACAACCGGAACAAUUAUACACUUACAUUAUGGACUGAUGGCUUAAAACUUGCAAAGUCGUCAAAAGCUUCUUGCUACCCAUUCCUCUUACAACUUAAUGAAUUGUCACCACACGCGAGAAAAAGAUAUAUGUUUAUGGCAGGCAUAUGGGUAGGGAAAAAAACCCCUAAUAUGGGAAAAAUAAUGGAGUCAAUGGUUGAUGAUUUAAACGAAUUGCACGACACUGGCAUUACUUGGCGACCAACACCAGAACGAGAGGUAGUCAGCAAAUUUGCUGUUGUUAUUUUGACUGCCGACUCAGUUGCAAAGCCAGUCGUUUUAAGGAUGAAGCAGUACAACGGGGAAUACGGCUGCACAUUCUGUUUAGCGCAAGGAAAAAGCGUCGAGCGUCGAUGGAUCUUUAAUGCCGAGCCAAUAGUUCCACGUACAAGCGAAACAAUGAAUGCGGAUGUAAGAGCGUUAAUGGCAACUGGCAUAGAAUCUAGGGGUGUCCUGGGGUGUUCGCGAUUGUUAAGUCUUAGAAGGUUUGAAUUUAUAAAGGGGCAAGUCGUAGACAUAGCACAUAAAGAUUACUUAGGAAACGUUAAGACAUUCAAUGAAAGACAUAUGACCGAUGUCGGAAAAGGUUGGUACAUUGGCCAAAGAGAGAAUAAAAAAAAAAUUAAUGACAUUUUGACGACAAUCAAGACACCAUCAAGAAUCUCAAGGAAAUCGCGUAGAAUAGAAACAUCCAAUGUAUGGAAAGCUUCAGAGUGGCGUAAUUAUCAGUUAUAUUAUUUGCUUCCUUGUCUUGAUGGUGUCUUGCCAGAACCGUAUUUCAGCCAUCAAGUUAAGUACUGCGAAGCAUUAUUCAUUCUAAAUAAUCAAUCAAUUACGAAUGCGGACUUGAAUAAAGCAAAAACUUUUAUGGUCGAUGUAGCUAAUGAAACUGAAAAUCUCUAUGGCGAGGUGAACAUGCGGUUCAAUAUUCACCUUAAUUAUCAUUCUGAUGCGGAAGACUGGGGACCUGCAUGGGUGUAUUCAACUUUACCUUUCGAAUCAAUGAAUAGACCCAUUGCAGAGUCAGUUAAGAGCCCAAAUCAUCGCGCCGAACAAAUUGUUACUCGCUUUUUUAUGAAGAAAUUUAUCUUACGCACCGCAGAAGAAGAAGAAAUUAGUCGUACUACGCGGAAAAUAGUAGAUGAUCUUUUAGAUAAGAAAACUGUACAGGUACCUGCGGACAUGCCAGAAUGUCAUUAUUUUGUAGGAACAGGUAGGCCAGAAUUGCGCCGUGCAAGCCCGGAAGUAAUUGAACUUUUAGUAGAAGUCGGAAAAGAAAUAGAGGAAAAUACUUUGAUCAGUUACUUUCAGAAAGCAUACAUACAUGGUGUCAAAUACGCAAAAAAAACCGAUGUACCGCAUAAAUAUUGUGAUCACAUUGCGUAUUGUCGUGACAAAAAAUUUAUACUAAUAAAGAACAUAAUAUCCUAUCAGAAUCAAGAAGAAAAAAUAUCCGGUUUUAUAGGGGAAGAAUUCGAAGAUCUCGGGGGAGCAUACAAUACAGAGUAUAUGCGAUUUGUCCGUCAAACAAGAAUUAACCGUUUUGUGUCAUACUGCGAUGUUUUAGCGCCGGGAAUAAUAAUAGAAGCAACAAAGGGGACUGUAGCUGUUAACCUAUGCAAUUGCUGGGAAACCGAUUGAAAUGAAACAUAAUGCGAUUACUAUUUGAGUAAAAAAAAUUUUGAACUAGCAGAUCCAGGGUGUCCAGCAUACCAUGAAAUCCUUCAAAAGCCCUUUAAUUUUGUUUUCAACCUUGAAUUUUAUAACAAAACCUUUAAUUAUUAAAAUUUCCUAACAGAAUAUUUAUUUUUUAAUCAUUUAUUCAUUAAAUUUGUUUUAAAUUCUUAACA